AUGUUCGCCCUCAGAUUCGCGUUCCUGUGCUCGUUGUCCGUCGCCGUCGUUUUCGUAAGUUGAACAAAUAUCGUUUUAAACUAUAUAAAUUGUACAGAUAAUAUAUAGUCGAAUUUAAACUUAUAAACUAAUUGUAUCUAUCCUCUCAGCAUUAUAAACCAUCGUAGUACAAACCGAAUCGUCGUCCGUUUCAUUUAUUUAUUUAAGAUUCAGACCGAGGUGAAACAUUUAUUGGUUUUACUAUGAUGCGUACUCUUUUUUUUCUAUCUAUAAACAAAUUUUCUACCAAAAAACCAAUCAUUGACUUUAGGUGUGGUUUCUGGUAACAAGUUUUGUCUAGUUGUGUGUUCCAACUAGCACGGUGGGGUCGUUUUUGAUGUCCAUCGCACUUUUCUUUGUAGUCAGUAUAAACGGGGAAAAUUAUCCGUUUUUUUUUUUUAAAAAUUAUUUCUAUGAUAGUUUAAGGGCAAAUUGUAUUAUAAAUUGCUUACAAAAGUGUACAAAGAUAAACAAUUUUUUCCGUGCAUGGGCACACGUUAUACAAUAUGACACAAUUUCCUAAUUCAACGUCUCUCUCCUUGGCAAAAACUUAACACACCACUGUGCGUAGAGAAAUAUAUAGGACGGAUACAACAUGGAGACUUAUUAUUUUCUAUAUACCCACCCUUUUAGUCGGCUGAAAACAUUUAAAAUCGCCUUGCGGUUUUCAGUUGUUUUUCGGUGUAAACAGCUUUGCUCGCCACGGUAAUAAAUUAACAUUUAAAACUAUUCCAUUAUUAAACUUGCCUUCUGUGUAAUAUUGUUUCUUUCGAAAUGUAAACACCCGAAUAUAAUAAUAAUGGCGUGUAUAAGUAUCUGGUAUAAGGAAUAAUUAAAGUGAGUAUACCUACUGCGGUUACCGUGGAAAGUAUAAUAAAAAAUAUAUAUAUAUACGUAUCCAAAGUUGCUGCAGCGUAGUUACCUACGUUGAAAUAACGUUCCGAGACGGCUUUAAAAUUCAAUUUCAACGUCUUGUAAAAGAAUUGGCGUCGUUUGCCCGCAAUCCGCUUUAUGUUUUUAAGAAAAGAUUGUUAUGUAAAAAAAAAAAAAAACAUUGCAGUACAUUUUUUAUUAUAUUUUAUUUGAAAAUAUAUACGUUAUAUUUCGUUAGUUUUAUUCGAGUUAUUCGCUGAAAAGUAUAAUUUUUAGCUUAUUUUGUCACUCGGGUCUCGAACGUUAUCCAAAAAAUAUUUUAUAAACUUACGUUACAACGAAGCAGCUAUGACGGAUGGUUUUUGAAAUUAAUUCGAACGGAAAAUUUAUAAAAAUAAUGCUUUUAUUAUUUUUCAAUUUUGUUAUUUGUUGUAAUUUAUUUAAAAAUAUAGAGACUUAAAAUUUUAACAGAAAACUCAUAUUUGUUUUUUCUAAACGUGGUAACAUUUUCAAAAAAUUUAAACCAUUUCCGAGGUAUUUAUAGACAUUUUAAUUUUGCGAGUUUUGUAAUUUUUAUUCGGUGGUACACUGUAGUAAAAUUGUUAGACUGUGAUUUUGUCAGAGAUUGUCAGAAAUGCUUGAAAAUUUAACAGGAGGUUCAUUAAAAGUCUUACCUUGUAGUAAAAAAAAAAAAAAAAUUGAGUUUAUGUAGUAUUUUUUUUUAUAAGGGAAUUUCAUUAUCAAAUUUUGACUAAAAAAUUAUUUGGAACAACUAAUCUAAUUUUUAAUUUUUUUUUUCUGAACAUAUGUAUAUUGCCGAUUUAAGAACGAUGAUGAAGUCAGAAUUUAGCGGACUAAGUUUCGAAACUAUAUUUUUUUGAAGUUCGGAUAUUAUAUGUUAUGUUAAUUAACUUUAUAUUAUCCUUCUCGAAACAUAUUUGUGAUCUAAUGGUUAUUUAUGCCUAUUAUCAUCCUAGGGGUUCUGAGUUCAGACCAGUGUGUCGAUAAAAAAAUUCUUGGCAUUUAUUUACCUAAACAAGGAAAAGGCUAGUGCAUUUUGGAUGUACCUAGAGACCCAAGCAAUCGCUCCCUCGGAUUAUUUUAAUCACAAAAUACCCCUCGAUUUGUUGUACAAACUUUUACAAUAGAAAUCUUGCUCCGAUGUUUCAAGUGUAGCUUAUUUUCUGAAAGGAAAUUUAUCUGCAUGAUAAUUUAGGGAGGAUAUUUUUUGAUUUUUCAAUCGGUUUUUAUAAUAUCUGGAAAAACCGAGAUAAAAUGUCGGAAAAACUGAAAAUGUACGAAAUGUAGGUAUUAGUAAAAAAAUAUUAUAGCCUUUUUUUUCGGUGUACAACUUUUCUACCAGCAAUUGCACUCCGAUUUAAAAUAAAAGCACUUUUUUAAAAGAUAAUUUCACUGGGGAGGUAGUUUAGGGAGGUCAUUUUAAUAUUUUCCGAAGUGUUUUCCCAGAAAAUGUGAAAAACCGGAAAGAACAUGGGAAAUCCGGGAAAAUCGGUACAAUAUUAAACAAAUAUUAUUAAAGAGAAUAGAUAAUGCCUAUUUAAUUCUUUUAUCAUACUAUGGCAUAUAUAUUGUUGACAAAGCAUCACUAUCAACUAAACUGCGCUCAGAAUUGUUUUUUCGUUAGCAAUGGUUUAUCGUUGCUUACAGAUAUAUAUUAAAUUACCUAUACAAGUGUCUGCAUCCGUCUUCAUUAUCUUAGGACGUCUUUUUUUUUUGGUUUUUCACAUUUGUUGAGAAAGCUCCUGGGAAUAUCAAAAAAAUGUCCUUCCUAAAGUACUUUUACAACCAGAUUUCCUUUCAGAAAAAGUGCUUACAGGUGAAAUAUAGGUACAUCGGAGUAAGCUUUCUAGUAGUGUUCAAAUAAAAAAAAAAAAAAACUAAAGAUCUGUGUAACACAAAUAUACAUUAUUCAUUAAACUUAGAAUCUAAAUCCAUAAAUUUCGGCAUCUUCGCCCAAUAUUAUAUAAAAUUACUCCCAUAGUACACGGCAUAUUAAUAAUAAUUACUGUAAAAUGUGAUCAAUUGAUUUCAGUGCGAAAACGAAUCACAACCGACUGCAAACGAUCGUUCCGCGUCGAUAUUCAAGAGUUGCGUGGCCGAAACCAAGUUGUCCGGCGGUAAUUAUUUUAAUAUUUUCAAUAAUUAUAAUACUGUUAUUUUUGUUGUCUUGCAUUGCUGGCAACUUAAUAAUUAAUAUAUACUGGUAACCGUACUAUUAUAAUAUUUAUACUAAUACUAUUACUACUACUAUUAUACUACUUAUUAUAUUAUUCACAUAUUGCCAUAAAUCGUAAAUGGGUAAAAUAAUAUUACACUGAACAUCUGCAGUGUAUUGUAAGACGGUUUGCUCUCUGAAGACGCUAUUAUUGCUAAUAAAAAAAAAAAAAAAAAAACAAAAACAAAUCAACGAUUGUGUUAUAGAUCGUUUUCACCGCUUAUAAGAAACACUGCACACCUAGUAUCGAAACAGGCAAAAUUGUAUCUCUUUAAACGAUUUUUAGAAAAUAUCAUAUAAAGAAUACUCGGUACGAAAAAAAUAUUCGAUAUCUAUUGCGAUUUUCAGAAAAAUAUUAGGUAUACAGAGAUUUAAAUAAGUUUAAAACCCACUGUAACGUUUAAAAUGCAUAAGUAAAUGUUUCGGGAAAAUUUUCCUAUAUAUUACUAAGUGUUUUAUCACUUUGAAGGAUGACGCUACUCUUUCUAGUUUCGCGUAAAUGUAUUUUUGAACAAACCUCACGAUUACACACUAAACACAUAUUGUUUUAUUUAAAAGUUAAUUUGAAUAUAUUCUAGUUGAAACAUUUUCAUUUGAAAAAUCGUUUAUAUUUAGGACCGAUUAAAUACCUACUGAGCAGCGAACGUCUCGUUUUAACGAAAUAAUUAUUUUUAACGUGUCAUUCAUAAAUUAAAGAUUAAGCGAUUUUUUUUUCUUCUAAAUACAUUUAAAAACGAAGUACCUUUAAGUUACCUUACAUAUUAUUAUUUUUACGUUCGCAAACAUUAAAAUGACUCCAAAAAAGUUCACAACGAGAUGUACUCAUAUAAUAUUGUAAAGGUGAGUAACUAUUAUGUAAUACAUUUUGAAAAAUAACGAAAACAAAUGUCGUAAAAAUAUGGCGAAUACAUUGACUUACAUAUUGUAUAAAUUAGAGAGUUGUUUGUCGGUUACCAAUAGUUUUUGUUUUUGAAAAAUUGGUUUUUCUUUAAAAUACAGAAGACUUGACGUAUUAUUAAAAAGAACAAUUUUACCUAGGAUAAUAAUUUAAUAUGUUAAAUAUUAUGUACUACACGUUGAUAAUAUUAUAAUAGUAUUAAUUUUUUAAAUUUAUUUUUAGAUGCACUUAAAGCGUUCCGUUCGAUGAGCAUACCGAAAUCACAAGCCGAAAAAGUAUGUCCGACACCAUGAACCAUAAUUAUGUUGAUGUGACAAAUCAUUUAAUUAAUAAUUGUUAACAAUUGUAUUUUUUUUAUUUUUCUAGUGUAUGAUGGGCUGCCUGAUGAGAAAGGUCAACGUGGUAUGUAUCUGUGGUACUUCUUUUUCUUCUUAGUUUUCUGUAGUCAUUGGGAAUUCGAGACUAUACCACCAAACGAAUAAAUUCCUCUACGUUUCUCUCGAUCUUCUGCUGUUAUCAUUUACUGCAUACCUAUUCGGUUCCACUUUUUUCCACAUCAUAUUUAAUACAGUCUUUCCAGUCUUCUCAGUGAUCGUUACCGUUAGAUUUCUCUUCAACUUAUUAUUACCGUCACGCAUGACUUGCCCCUUCUUAUCACCAUUCUUAUAUCUGACCUUUGAAAGAGGUUAUAUUAUUAUAGUUUCACAUUAUUUAUUUUUCUCCGUUUUUCCGAAAGGGUAACAAUAAUACAGGGGCCAUAUUGUAUUCUUUUGAGAAUUUCCUUCUAAUAGUACGCUUUAUCUUAAUUCUCUCACUUUGCUAAGGGGUUGUGUCUCUGAAGCAUAUAAUAGGACUGGAUGGCUACAUACAUAUGUAUAUAAGAAAAAUGUUUGCAUACAAAAUGAAAAUCGGAUUUAGAUGUACCGGAUUUUAUGUUUUUACAGAUUAACAAGGGAAAAUUUUCGGAAGAAGAAGCGACCAAAAUAGCGCAGACUUACUACGGAACCAACGAGACGAUGAUGAAAAAGGCAAAAGACCUCAUUGGCAUCUGCUCGAAAAAAGGUAAACGAAAUAAAAAUUUACGGCGAUAAUGAAAAAUAUAAUCGAGUUUGACAAUAAAACCGUGCGCAUUUUAGGCGUUCCGUCUGAAAAGUUAAUUACAAAAUUCAAACUCAUCAGAUUUUAACACCCGUGCGGUCAUCGCUUGUAUCGAUCCUUUUCGCCAUUUUAGAUUCUGAGUGGAACAAAGAAAUUUAUAGUUUUACAAAGGUGUUUAUUAUUUUUUUUUUUUUUUUUAUUUGUGCGCAACAUUUUUACCAGAAUACUUGCUCGAAUUUUUAUAUAUAGCACCUUUUUUGAAAGGAAAUCAGUGUGGGGAGGUACUUUAAAGAAGUAAUUUUUUGAUUUUCUCAAGAAUUUUCUCAUCAAAUUUGAAAAACCGAAAAAAAAAAGGGAAAAUAUAAGAAAUGUAGGUAUUAGUUAAAACAUAUUACGGUCUUCUUUUAUUUUGUACACAACUUUUCAAUCAACAAUUUUGUUCCAAUUUUUAAUGUUAGCAAUGUUUCUAAAAGGCACUUUCACUGAGAAGAUACUUUAAAAAGGUCAUUUUUUGAUUUUCCCAAGAUUUUCCCCAGAAAAUGUGAAAAACCGGGUAAAUCGUAGGAAAACUGGGAAAAUUGAUAUAACAUUAAACAAAUUUUCUUAAAGAAAAUAUAUAAAGCCUAUUUAAUUAUUUUACUAUAAAAUGACAAAUAUAUAUAUAUUGUUGACAAAGCAUCACUAUUAACUGAACUCCGCUCAGAAUCGUUUUUUCGUAAGCAAUGGUUUAUUGUUGCUUAUAGAUAUACAUUAAAUUCUCGUCUAUAUUCUACCCCUCCAACUUUUCACUUAUACCAAUCGCUGCACCCGUCCCUAUUAUCUUACCUUUUUUUAUUGUUGGAUUCUCUCCAUUUUCGUAUUACUACAGGAUUUCUCGUUCGUUUCCUUCGUGGUCGUCUUUAAUAUUGUAUUAUAUUAAAUUUCCCUUCUGUUAUUCGCUUUUGGUGGUGGCGACGUUUUUAUUACUUACCACAUAAAAUAAUAAAACGUGUCAUCGUCCCGAAAUUAAAUUUUAAGAUCGGCGGCCGUUAAAAUCACCAUCAUCAUAUUAUUUCCUGUGACGAUUGACAAUAUUGCCGUUCUCCUUAUUCCGAUUUUGAUGUCGAUGUCGAGGGCUGUGCGCAUUUUCACGAUAUUCUCAACACCUUAACCUAUGUUGUUCAGUCCCAUCUCGCUGCCACCAUUAUAUGUUCUUCCAUGGGUAACUCGUUUGAUUCCAUCUGUUCGUUAUGUAUAGCUGUACGGUAUAGAUAUCGGGUCUCCCAUAAAUAUCUUGUAAAUAGAAUUGUCUUCUUUUGUACGCUCUCUUUUCCAUAUACAUUAUUAUAAUAUACCGAGUAAAAUAUUUCUCCCGAUACUUUUCUUUUUGGUUUUCACUAUAUAUUUAUCCGCGAAUAAUAUUACGUAUACUAUUUUACAUUCAAAGUGUAGAAUUUUACAAUAGGUACUUAUAUUAGAAUAUUCGUCAGCAGCGCGGCUUUGGCCUUUGCGGACGGGUAGAGCCGGUCGACAAAAGGUCGCUCGAAUUUUCCGCGCUCCGCCAAUAAGGUCUCGAUAAAGGUCUUGGAUUUCGACGCGUGUACCUGUAUCAUAAUAAUAUUAUAUUAUGUAUAAAUAAUAUUCGAAUAAUUUUGUUUGUACGGAAAUAUUUUAAAACCCGCGGUGGAUUUACAGGCGUAAUUUAUAAUGAUAUUAUUAUGAUAGACGCGGACGUUUGAAAUAUAUUCGAAACAUUUAAAGAACGUCACUAUGAUAGCGUGAUCGUUUUUGAACAUGAAAAAAAAACUCGUGUCGAAAAUCGCUCAGUCUCAUUGAAGUGAGUGCGAUGCGGCGCAACACAGCUAGAAUGGUGACAAUUCAUAUAUAACACCAUUUUAUCUAGGGCAUGAUGUAUUCGUUAUGCUAAAUAUAAAUGUAUAAAAAUAAGUUGCGGCUCUUAUUAAACGCAAAGAAGAUCAGUUUUUACGUUUUACAUUCUUAUCCCCAGAAACGUUGUCUCCGAUUGUCCUGAAGAGUAAAUAUUCUAAAAUUACCUUGAAACGUUUGAGGUUUUUCUGUUUUACUUGAACAAAUUUCACAUACCACAAAUACUCGCGAUACAGAUCCGAGGCCAUUUUUAAAAGUAGAAUAUUAUGAUAGCGAAUUUUAAUACCUAUUUUCGAGUCGAUAAAUUGUUUUCAUUUUUCUUAAAAAUUUCGUUAAUAUUGCCAAUAGUAUUCGCGAUCCAUUAAAUAUCAAUGGGUAUCUGUAGUUUCACUUCUUCGAUAUGAAUUUAUUACAAAUUGAAAUACACUUGAAUGGAUACCGAUUGUCAGAAAAAUCGAAUCUUCUUUUGACUGUCAUAUCCUCAAUCGUGACGUUUACUAUCGUUAAAUCGUUCCAAUUUCCUGUGUCUUAGCUCUACCCGUUACAGAUCAACUGUUUUCAACGCGACCAUUCCUUGAUGACGUUUUGUAUUCACGUUAUUCACGGUCUCGCCUAAAUAACCACAUCAGAAACCAAUAAUUUUCACGGUUAAAUUUAUACGCGAAAAUUACGUAGACAUAUAGAAGCAGCAAAACGCCAAAACGAUACACGUGUGUUUUACAGAAGCACGUGCGAUUUCCAAACAACGUGUCCGUAGUGGAAACAAUAACUCCGUGUAGUAGAUAUAUUGGUGCGUUUCAGAUCAAAGUACAAUAAUUAUUAUACGAAUAUUAUGUCUGUACGUCGAAAAUCAAUAACGGAAAAAGCAAUAAAGCGACCGUCUCGACAAGAGCGUUAAUAAUUUAAUAGGUAACAAUAAUUAGGCAGGUACCCUAUACUGGAUGAUUGAUUUAACGUGACACACUCAUUAUUUCGAAAGUAUAAUAAUGGUAUGGCCCGCAACUUGAUGUAUUUGCCUCUAUUUUUCUAAUGUUUAUACUCAAGGAUAGUAUUAGUAUAGACAUUUGAAUUAUGUCACGCAGAAAUCAGUGGUACGAAUUUCGUUUUCAAUUUUUUACCUUUUCCCGGUAGUUUUCGAGUGAAAGGUCAUAAUUUGAAAAUGUCAUUACAUUUAUUACUUUUGUUGGUAUAUUUACAUUUUUAUUUGUUCGAAAACUAAGCUACAUUAUAUAUUAUUUUAAUAUUAAAAAAAGACGGAAAAAAAGAAAAAGCAAAUUCCGGAAAAAUAUAUAUUUUUUUUUAACAACAUAUUGGGUUUUUAGUAUAUAUUUGUUUGAUAUUUUAAAUUUCAAUAAAAUAUUAAUUUGUAUGUCAUUUUUUUUAUACCUAGUCAUUUUUUGAUGUUCAAUCACAUGGUAUUAUAUUCCUACUUGCCCUACCUUUACCGUGAUACAAAUAUCGAUUUGAGACAAAUUAAACGCGCCAUGAUUUUUUAAAAGACAACACUAUGAAACCUAACCGAUUUUCAGCUGGAUUAAAAAUAAAAUCAGAGAAUGUACAUUUUGAUUGAACUGCAGGCUAUGUUUUUUUUUUUUAUCGGAAUAGACCGAUAUUGUGCCAAUAAUUAUUAUAGUAAUCGGGUAUUUCUGAAAAAGCCUCGAAUUCUAGAUGUAGUUUUUUUUAAACUAAUUUGUCUGUUUUUUUUUUUUUUAAUUAAACUUUUAAUCUUACAUAAUUUAAAAAAGUGAAUAAUACUAAACAAAAAUUAAAAGUUAAAAAAUGUAUGAAAGUCGAUUUAACUUAAACUUCAUGACGAAUUCAAAUAUUUUUUCAGAUCACUCUAGGAUAGUCAGUACAAUUAACAAAGUAGAAAAAAUAAAAAAAUCCCAAUUUCUUAUUGUUCUCCUUCGCCUUCAUUUCAACUACCGAUUCUUCUGUAACACUUAUUAAUAUUAAUGUUCGUAUCAAAGAUGUAACUUUCAAGAAUUUUAAUCCAUAUCCUUAAAACUAUCAAAUUUCAUCAUUGUUUUGGGGAGUAGCGUAAUAUUGUAGUAAUUAUACUAUAGUAUAUAGAUGUAUGAAUAAACCGUGAUAUUUUAAUAUUGUAAUAUCUGUCAUUUACGAGUGCAAAAUAUUGUGAAACGCACGGGAAUCGGGAGAUUCUUUUUGUUUUUUACGUACCUAUACCUAUAAUAAAUUAUUUUAUUUUAUGGCCAGGAAAUAUUUAUACUUAAAUAUGUGUACGAUUUAUUGCCGUAUUUCGAUAGGGUGUAUUUUUGCAGCGAGUCGAUAACCGUUUUGGUUUAUCGCAAAUACACGCAAAUAAACUGCGAAAACUCCGGUAACCCUGUACGUAAGAUUAAGUAUUAUAAAAUACACUGUUUUUACAUGAAUCAAUUAUUUUUCCAAAUUGUUUACGCUAUACUUAUAAUUUCUGGUGAAUUUUUUUUUCCAGCACAAUCGACGACCGACGAAUGCGCGUUGGCCGGUAUCGUAACCACUUGCAUCGUAGAAGAAGCCCAGAAAGUAAGUUAUUCCGUCGUGCAAAAAUAAUAAUACUAUUGUUGUUAUAACGUGUUUGUCGCGUUUUCGUUAUAUUUUCUGACGAUGAUAAACGUGGGAUGGGCGAGGAACGAAAAUAUAAAGCGUUUUGUUAUAAAUAAUCGUACUACUUUUCGUUUGGCGUGAAUUAUUGUAAAUGAUUAAUGAAUGUAUUGUAUCCGUUUUUUGAAAAAACCGUAAUAAUGUUAUUUUUUUUUCCCCCUGUAUUGUUUCAGGCCGGUUUAUCUGGCGGACCGGGUAACCACCAGGGCCAUUCCAAACGAAGCGUAUCACCGAAAUUCCGAGGCAACAUAUAA